GAUGAAGAUGAAGGUGAUGCCGUGCAGCGGUAUUAAUAGGACCGUCUGAGUGUCAGUUCGUCACUGUGCAGACCGGGGGGCCUGCUGGAGAGCCGGUGGACCGGGAUUUGGGGGGGAUCGGAUCCAGACAGCGCACUUAAACUAAAGAACAGGCUCUCACACAGCCAACAUGGACGUGCUGGCAGUUCUUAAUUUGAGCGAAUUUGCCCAUUUUUUCUCCAAAAUGGCAAUGUUUCCAGUGUUUGAUUGCGCUUAUUACAUCGUGUCCAUCCUCUACCUCAAGUAUGAGCCAGGCUCAGUGGAGGUUUCUCGCCGGAGUCCCGUGGCCUCCUGGCUCUGUGCCAUGCUCUACUGUUUCGGCAGUUAUAUCCUGGCAGACAUCAUGCUCGGAAGCAGCCCCAUCGACUAUUUCCAAUACAACAGCCACAUCCUCCUGGCCUCAGCUGUUUGGUACCUGAUCUUUUACUGCCCGCUGAACCUCUUCUAUAAAUGUGUGGCUUUUCUACCGGUCAAGCUGGUGUUGGUUGCCAUGAAAGAAGUUGUCCGCACUCGUAAGAUUGCCGCUGGUGUUCACCAUGCCCACCACGCCUACCACCACGGCUUCUUUAUUAUGGUGAUCGUCGGAUACGUCAAAGGGUCUGGAGUGGCUCUCAUGUCCAAUUUUGAGCAACUGCUGCGUGGUGUGUGGAGGCCAGAGAGCAACGAGAUCCUCAACAUGUCAUUCCCGACCAAAGCCAGUCUGUAUGGUGCCAUCCUUUUCACCAUGCAGGAGGCUCACUGGCUGCCAGUGUCGAAGAGCACCCUCAUCCUCGCCUUCACCCUCUUCAUGGCCACGUGCAAAGUGACAAUGACCGUCCGACACACUCACGGUUCCCCUUUCACCCUCAUUGAGUCCUGGGUUUGCCAUUUUGUUUUUGGCUCCCCUCUUGGCAGCAGUGAGGAUGAUCACCACCAUCAUGCCGCCGCUGCAUCCCCAAUGUCACCAUUGAAAACCAAAGAGGAGCUGAGCGAAGGUGCUCGCAAGAGGAAGGCCAAGAAAGCAGAGUAGAGCGCUGCACCGCGCUGCACCCGUCCAAAUGGCGUUCACACGAUUGGGAUUCCCCAUUCUUUUCUAGAGAAACGGACAGUGAGACCCUUUCUAUCAGAGUAAAAUGGUGCUUUCUGCAUUUGACACCGCUGGAGGACUCUGUAAAUACCACAGCUAAUCUUUCACAACUUCAACUCAACCCUGACCUAUUAAUCUGUUUAUGUGCAUUUAUGAAAAGCUGCACCAGUCCUUCAACAGUUUGUGGAGAUCUGCGCUGUAGGAGGUGCAUGGUCAAGUUUAGAUCCUUUAUCAGUGGUUCUGUCACCAGGUGUCAGUGGUUUUUAGUUUCUUAAAGUACCAUCAAACCUGGAUUCAGUUACAAACAGAAAUUCGAAUGUGAAUAAAAACAUUAUGUGAAAGAAGGUUACUGCUUUUUACACUGACAUGAAGUCGACUUCAUGUCUUUAAAUAAAAUGAAGGGAAGCCUUUCCA